CGGCCCCGGGGUGGGGCCGAGCCGCCGCCGCUCCGCCGCCCCGGCCUGGCCAUGCUGGACUUCGCCAUCUUCGCCGUCACUUUCCUGCUCAUCCUCGUGGGCGCCGUGCUCUACCUGUACCCGGCAUCUAGGCAAGCAUCAGGUAUUCCUGGGCUGGCUCCAACUGAUGAAAAGGAUGGCAACCUGCCAGAUAUCAUUGUCAGCAGCAGUUUACACGAGUUUCUUGUGAACCUUCAUGAGAAAUAUGGGCCACUGGUCUCCUUCUGGUUUGGAAGGCGUCUUGUUGUCAGUCUCGGCUCCAUUGAUCUCCUGAAACAGCAUAUGAACCCCAACCGGCUGUUGGAUCCCUUUGAGACAAUGCUGAAAUCCCUCUUGCGGUACCAGUCCAGCCUGAAUGGGGAUACAGGAGAGAGCCACAUGAGGAGAAAACUGUAUGAGAAUGGUGUAACCAAGUCCUUGCAAAGUAACUUUGCUGUCAUCCAGAAGCUGUCAGAAGAGCUGCUGGCCAAAUGGCUGUCUCUCCCUGAGGCACAACAUGUGCCACUCUGCCAGCACAUGCUGGGCUUUGCCAUGAAGUCUGUCACGCAGACAGCUAUGGGCAGCAGCUUUGAAGACGACCGGGAAGUCAUCCGAUUCCGCAGGCACCAUGAUGCAAUCUGGUCAGAGAUUGGAAAAGGCUUCUUGGAUGGAUCUCUUGACAAAAACACGACUAGGAAGAAGCACUACGAAGAUGCUCUGGUGGAGAUGGAAUCCAUCUUAAGGAAGGUUACAAAGGAGCGCCGAGGCAGAUCGUUCAACAGGCACGUCUUUAUAGACACCUUGCUGCAGGGGAGCCUGAGUGACCAGCAGGUUCUGGAGGAUACAAUGAUUUUCUCUUUGGCAGGAUGUGUAAUCACUGCUAACUUGUGUACCUGGGCAGUCUAUUUCCUGACAACCUCAGAAGAUGUUCAGCAAAACCUCUACAAGGAGAUGGACCGUGUUCUGGGGAAGGGACCAAUUACACAUGAGAAAAUUGAGCAGCUCAGGUACUGUCGGCAGGUGCUGUGCGAGACAGUGCGGACAGCAAAGCUCACUCCCAUUGCUGCACAGCUGCAGGAGCUGGAGGGCAGAGUGGACCAACACACUGUCCCCAAAGAGACCCUUGUGCUUUAUGCUCUUGGUGUGAUGCUGCAGGAUAGUUCAUCUUGGCCAUCACCAUACAAGUUUGACCCAGACAGAUUCAAUGAGGAAUUAGCCAUGAAAAACCUCUCCUUGCUGGGUUUCUCAGGAAGCCAGGAGUGCCCAGAGUUGAGGUUUGCCUAUAUGGUGGCCACAGUUCUGCUGAGUGUCCUGGUAAGGAAACUGUAUCUCCACCCAGUGAAAGGACAAGUCAUGGAGGCCAAAUACGAACUGGUAACCUCACCAAAGGAGGAAGCCUGGAUAACAGUGUCCAAGAGAAGCUAAGAGCAAGCAAAACAAGGGGUUAAAAGUGCCAGCAGUGAUGUUCUGAGCAAGGGUCUUAACGAAAAUCAUACUGGCACCAUGGUUACUCAGCCAAGGAAUUUUAUAUCCAGAUUUUUUUACAUUCCAUAUUCUUAACCUCAUGCCUGUCUUGGGUACUUUCUCUAAUUCAAACAGUAGUCAUAUUAAAGUAGAUUUAAUCUA